GGUCAGCUGUGUCUUCCUCCCUCUUUCCGACUCCUCGCGCUCCAGGAGUCGGUGUUCUCUGCUCAGGGGUCGCUAGUCGCCUGCGGCAUUCCCACGCGGGGCCGGAAGAUGGCGGCGCGGGGGUCGGGGCCCCGCGCGCUCCGCCUUCUCCUCCUUGUUCAGCUGGUGGCUGGGCGCUGGGGUCCCGCCUGCGCGGGGCUCGGCGCGCCGGGAGGAUUAUCUGAACCAUCCUCUGUUGCAAGACAUGAAGACAGUUUGUUUAAGGAUUUAUUUCAAGACUAUGAAAGAUGGGUUCGUCCUGUGGAAUACCUGAAUGACAAAAUAAAAAUCAAGUUUGGCCUUGCAAUAUCUCAAUUAGUGGAUGUGGAUGAGAAAAAUCAGUUAAUGACAACAAAUGUCUGGUUGAAACAGGAAUGGACAGAUGUAAAAUUAAGAUGGAACCCUGAUGACUAUGGUGGAAUAAAAGUUAUACGUGUUCCUUCAGACUCCCUCUGGACCCCAGACAUUGUUUUGUUUGAUAAUGCAGAUGGACGUUUUGAAGGGGCCAGUACAAAAACAGUUGUCAGGUACAAUGGCACUGUCACCUGGACACAGCCAGCAAACUACAAAAGUUCCUGUACUAUUGAUGUCACAUUUUUCCCAUUUGAUCUCCAAAACUGUUCCAUGAAAUUUGGCUCUUGGACGUACGAUGGAUCUCAGGUUGAUAUAAUCCUAGAGGACCAAGAUGUAGACAAGACAGAUUUUUUUGAUAAUGGAGAAUGGGAAAUUGUGAGUGCAGCGGGGAGCAAAGGAAACAGAACUGACAGCUGCUGCUGGUACCCCUACAUCACUUACUCCUUUGUAAUUAAGCGACUGCCUCUCUUUUAUACCUUGUUCCUUAUUAUACCCUGUAUUGGGCUCUCAUUUCUGACAGUAGUUGUCUUCUAUCUUCCUUCAAAUGAAGGUGAAAAGAUUAGUCUGUGCACUUCGGUCCUUGUCUCGCUGACUGUCUUCCUUCUGGUUAUUGAAGAGAUCAUACCCUCCUCUUCUAAAGUAAUACCUCUGAUUGGAGAGUACCUGGUGUUCACCAUGAUUUUUGUGACCCUAUCAAUUAUGGUGACUGUCUUCGCCAUUAACAUUCACCAUCGCUCUUCCUCAACACACAACGCUAUGGCACCCUGGGUCCGCAAGAUAUUUCUUCACAAGCUUCCCAAACUGCUUUGCAUGAGAAGUCACGUAGACAGGUACUUCACUCAAAGAAAGGAAACCGAGAGUGGUAGUGAACCAAAAUCUUCAAGAAACACGUUGGAAGCUGCACUUGAUUCUAUUCGCUACAUUACAAGACAUGUCAUGAAGGAGAAUGAUGUCCGUGAGGUUGUUGAAGAUUGGAAAUUCAUAGCCCAGGUUCUUGACCGGAUGUUUCUGUGGACUUUUCUUCUGGUUUCAAUUAUUGGAUCUCUGGGUCUUUUUGUUCCUGUUAUUUAUGAAUGGGCAAAUAUAAUUGUACCAGUUCAUAUUGGAAAUACAAAUAAGUGAAACUUU